AUGUCCGUGAUGGGCUUCGCCAAUCGAAGUACGGACUGCUUCGGAUUCGAGAAUGAUUCGGAUCCGGCCAGCAUUGAGGCUCGACGACUGCGACAAGAAACGAUGAUCCACAUCUACAGAGUCUAUUACGGAUGGGUCCCAUUGCCUCUGGCGUUCCUUGCGCUCACCUGCGCCUGCAUCUAUUCGAUUGCCUGUUUCCGAGCCAUCCGAGGCCACAGAGUUAGUCGGAAAAGUUAUGUUUUGCUGUUGAAUCGGAGUUUGGGAGAUAUUACGACAUGUCUUUGGACUUUUGUCAUCUUCUUCUAUGUCAUAUUGACCGACGUCCCUACGUAAGUGCAAAUCUUUUGGCUCAAGUAAUAUCUCUUUCUAUUUUAGCCCCGAAAUUGUCCAAGUCUUGGAUUCUUUCUUUAUGGGAUGUUUCUGGGCUGGAAUGACGUCAUAUGUCGCGCUGAGUUUUCUAAAACUCUAUGCAGUUGCAAAGCCUCUGGAGUAUCGGCACAUCAUCACCAUGAGGCGAUGCAUCUACUUGAUCUGUUUCUCAUGGGUAGUGUUCUUGGUGAUGGUUAGCUAUUCCGUGGGGGCCAACGCGUUAUCGAAUAUUGAAAGCUUGAGGGCAUGGUCUGGCUGUCGAAAGGAAACUUGUUUGAGGAGUUUCUAUCGCUUCAGAAACACAUGUGUGUGUUUGGUAUACAUCACAACGCUAGUGUGCUUUGGAGGGACGUGUAAGUGGAAAUGAUUAUGAAUUACAUAAAAUCUAUACACAACGAAAAAAAGCGAAGGCUCAUUUUGGUCUGGGCUCUACAGUGACGGACCCAAUUCAGUGGCAAAAAACGUACCAUUUUGCCUCCGGGAAGCAUAAAAAAUGUGUCAAAAUGCUUCCCUCUGAGUUUCUUCACUUGGAGAGAGAAGCAUUUUGCCACACUUUUAAGACUUCCCGGACGCAAAACGGUCCGUUUUUGCCACUGAAUCAGGUACCCCACUGUAGAUACUUCCGAAAUCAUUUGGUAUCGGCAAGUUUUGUUGUACAGAGAUUCCACUGAUGCUCGUAUAAAUGUAUGUUUAUAUACAUGUGUUACCUUCUCGGCCAAAACGAACCUCCCUACAACAAAACCCUUCUAUAGCGAACUUAUCUUUCGGUCCGUUGCGCUUACAAAAAAUCUUUUCCAGUAAUCCUGAUCAAACGUCAUCAACGUUUCGCUCGGAUCCACAGUCGAAAAGCCACUAACGCCGAGAAUUACGCGGUCAAAGGAGCGCCAAAAAAGAAGCUAAAGGACAGAUUUCCUCUGUGGAAAUUGGCUGUAAAUGUGUGCACAUUCGCCAUCUUCGACGUUUUCUAUGUCAUCUGGGGAGCAUCGCUCCUGAUUGGCGCCGACAAGUGCUAUUUCUACCGCAAUUUCAACAAGAUGAUCUUUUUAUUAUCGAUUCUACAUCUGAGUAUCUUGGUGAGGAUCACGAUCGAUCCGAUUAUUGCGUUCGUCACGGAUGUGCCGGUUAGUUUUUUUUAAUUUUUAUAUCAAGGCAGCGGCAGCCGCACGUCAAUCCAGCGCAUUUCCUGAACCGUUUCGAAACUUCGUAUCGCUUUGGUUGAUUUAAAAGAGAGACGAAAUGUCGUGAAAUUAUCGGCACUUUUUCUCGGCCGAAAUAAUUGCUUUUUCUUGAAAAGGAAGAAGAAAGAUAAGAAAAUGCGUUUUAUCGGAUAGUGACAUUUCGUUUUGAACGAAUCACCAAAAAGGGGCGGGAAAUUUUUUCUUCUAUUUUGGAUUGACGUAAGCCGUGAUAGUUUUUGACGUCAUAUUAUUUGCUACCUUCUCCCGAUUUUCGUCAAACGUGCCUGAUUUAACAAUUUCUGUCUGUCUAAAAUUAAUUGCCCUUGGUUUCAGAUACGACGCUCAAUGCUGCAAGUAAUGCAUCUCCAACGAUACAUCAAGACCUACCAAACGCGUAACGAGGACAACUCUUCCGACGCCGCAACUCGAACCAACAGCACCAGCACCUCAAUGCACGCAAGGAACUCCACAAUCCGCACUCGAAUCGACUCCGUCAACUGA